UGCACGAUCUGCGCUAGAUGAGAAAGCUUCGCUGAUGAAUGUUUCAUGCGUGUGGCUAUGGAUCAGAGCUUUUGCUGAUCGCACUGCGCAUGCCCGCUACGUGAUAUCGAGAUCUAGCCUGCUACUAAACAUUCGCCGCGUUGUGUUGCACGAGAAGCGAGUCCGCGUAACAAUCCCCUCACAUCUGUUCGAGUUUUCCAGUGCCAGAAUGUCCGAAACGGAGGCAAAACCCCAAACAGAGGAGCAGAAGGAAGGCGAGGCCCCUGCCGAGGCCGGAGAGGAACAGAAGGAGGAGCCGACGGAAGGUACGGGGGAGACCGGAGCGGAGGGGGAGACGGCGAAGGAUGAGGGUGGGGCCGAUGAGCAGGCAGUGAGUCCUGAAACCGAGGAGGCUAAACCCGCCGCAACUCAGGAUGCAGCUCCGCCGAUCCUCGAAGCCCCCCAAGAAAACCCUUUCUCUGAGGACGAUCUGGAGCAAGUCCUGCAACUCGAGGCCAGCGAGGGGGAGGACAAAGGAUGGGAGAAAUCCAAGAAGAUCAAAGGGGUGACAGUCUUCAAGAAACCGGAGAAAAACGGCGUGCCUUUAAUCAAGGCAUAUAUGGAGUUCAACGGUAUCCCAUGCGAUAAAGUUCUUGAGUUUUUCACGGACGCAGAGCUCAGGAAGAAGUGGAGCCGGAAGACGCCUAACUACGAGAUCCUAGAGGACAGGGAUGACUUUAAGAUUGUCUAUACCGUGAUCAAAAUGCCGAUGGCCUGUGACGAUCGGGACAUCGUGCAGUGCAUGCAGGUGCGUUCAGACGAGGAACAGAAUCGUCACGUGAUCUUGUACAAGAGCUGCAACCACCCUAACAAACCCCCAGCCAAAGGGACCAUCAGAGCUGAUGUUGGGAUAAUGGGAUUGGUUAUCAGGCCUAAAGAUGGCGACGACACGUCGACGAGGGUCACGUGGCUCAGUCAGAUCGGUCUGAAGGGCUGGGCCUUGAAGAUGAUCGUCAACAGAGUGACUGUUGGAUAUCCAGUCUCGCUUUGUGAUGACCUGCAGCAGUACUGGAAGAAGACCACAGCCCCCAAGGAACCAGAGAAGAAGGAAGAGAAUGAGACGCCAAAGGAGGAAAAGACAGAGGAAAACCCAGAGUCCAAGCCAGAGGAAGGUAAAACAGAAGAGGCAGCAGGUGAGAAUAACGAUGCCCCAGUUGAGAACAACGUUGCUGCAGCCGCGCCAAUCACAGCCGAGGGUGAAGACAUCCCAGCUGCCGACGCAGAAGAGAAGCCAGAAGAGAAGGCGGCAGAGGAGGCGUAGACUGGUAGAUAGGUAGAACCAAGCAGCGUAGUAUACGGGGGAUUGGGGUCUAGACAAAGAACAUGUGAAAUGUCCCUUUGAUGGAUGCGAAGUACGGGCACAGCUCAUGCAUCAAUUUGGAUAAAUUUCACUAACUAUUGAGCGUAGUAUGUAGUCACGAUGGGUCCAACAAUUUUAUCAUUGAUUUUGAAGUCACCAAUGAGCUCUUGGAACUAAGGUACGCAAGAAUCGAAACAAAAAUCCCUCUGGGAAUUAAAAAAAAAAUAUAAUAGUUAUCUCGCUUUCUGGAUCCAAUUUCAUACAGCUGUGUACUAGCCAAUUUAUUUGCAGGGAACCAACCAAAAGCAGUAUAGCCUUGUGCAAUUUGGCUGGUAAUAUUUCCUGUUAUUGAAGAAGUGCGCAGAAAACUUCUGCGCAAAGCGGCUUUAUGAAACUGAUUGGUCCUUGGUUACGAGGCUGCGAUUGGUACCAGGUAAUAUACAUGUACAAUGUUUAAGAGUUGAAACCAGUGAAAGGUCACCUAAAGACUGAAAGGUCACUUAAAGAGGUUAAAACUAAAGAGGUCACAUAAAGAGGUGCAAAGGUCGUCAAGAAGUGGAGAGCAUUGUGUAUUUUUUCUGUACAAGUUCAAAUUGGCAGAUGAUAUAUUAAAAUAAUUGAAAAAAUAAGCAUUACUGUGUCCGCCAUUAGUGUCAAAGUGACAAUGUUGACUGUAUAAAUAUAGAAGUAGCUGUAAGAGUAGUAUAUAUCAAAAUUACGCAUAAUUUGCAUACUUUUUGCAAGUUGAAAAAUUCAAUGUUAUUCCCAAUACAAUAUGUCGUGGCCUUUAUUUUCAAUUGAAUAAAUAUUGAAAAAAAUAUUGAAACGUUGUUAAACGUGGCUUGAAUGUAAUAUUGGUAUUACAAAGUGCUGUCAUUCAAUGCAUGUGUAGUUGAUGUCUUAAUACUAAUAAUGAUAAAUAUCGGAUGUAUAAAAUUAGGCCUGAGUGAAUGUGCCCAAUAUUGUGUGCUUGUAAAAGGAUAUUCGUUCGUGUCAUGAAUGCUCCAAACCCCGCGUAACUGAGCUUACUGAAACUCCGCUGAUAUCAUCUUUAUGUGUCAUUGUAUAAAUACGUAUGAGGUAGUGUUGUACAAAAAAUAAUAUUGACAAAAAAUAUCAUGACAUAAUACCUGAAGUAUCAUCUAUUCGUUUGGUAGAAAUUGCAUCUUCGUGAAAAUCUAAACAAAAAAUCUGGUGCCUGUGCGUUUAUAACCGUGAGGUUUACGACGAAUAUAUCAUUUAUACAUUAGUUGUUAUGGGAAGUAUUGCAAGAAUAUACAAAGCAGUAGGUACUAGUAAAUAGUUCUACUUUCGAAUACUUUUCCGAAGUGAUACUGAUAUAUAAUUUAUUAUUUAAAAAAAAUAAAUGUAGCCUGAUCUGCGUGUUUUGCUUUGAUGCAAUCAAUAUUUACAUGAAAUAGACUUAAACGUUUCGUGCAUUAUAGUUGUAACUUUAUGGAUGCCUUGAUACGCAAUUCAAUGGGAUAUUCAUCUAUUUCCCACUAUGUUGUUCAGUAAAGAGGGCACUAAAUGGCAUUAUAGCCUACUAUUAUUUUGGCAUGUUAGGUCUGAUAUUUAUGUGACUGCCAAGUAGUUCGUUUAGGCCUGUAGAGUAGUUCAAAAGAUGAAAAAAAUUAGAGUAGUUUUCUCGAAACAUCAAUUUCAUUUUAUGCUGGAGAAUCGCUAUCUUCAUAAUAGGUACCGUUACUUGAUGAUACAAUAACAGUGCGUCAGGAAACCAGAUCUUUUUACGCUCAUAUGAUAUUUGGUGCCUAGUUAGCCUGGUCCCCUUCAUAAACGUCACUUCGUUCUCAACAGUGCCAUAAAACAGCCUGGUAAAUACUACUUAUAACCCCUGGGUACGGUCGUGUGGUAUUAAACCAAGAUGGUUUACUUAAACAUGAUAUUCGCACUUGUGAUUGGUCAAUAGAAUUAAUAGUCCAAUAUAGAUAACAUAAAGAGAUAUAUAAUAGUGGAUGCCAUUGAAGGCCUAGAAUUUGUAAAAUCUAAAGGGUGCUGCCAUGAAACAUGACUGAAACAAAGGCUAACAAUUGAAAUAUUGUAUAUUAUUUGUUCAUUUUUUUUGCAUGUUUAUCACUAUAGAUUUUAUAAAGAGUUUAAGAACAAAGUAUUCUGCGGUUCUACACCCACUUGUAAGAUAUUUCCUAUUUAUUUUGAAUUAUAUUUAACUUUAAAACUAGAUGUUAGUCCGGAUUUACUUUUAUCAUCUUCUAUAAUCGUCGAUAAACUACAUCAACUGGACUUGUUGUACCUCUGUCUUGAAUUCCGUAUUUUCAUUGGCCUAGAACGAUCUCGUGUUAAGUUUAUGAAAAGUCAUGGCACACUUCCUGUGGAAUAUCACGUACUUUGGCUUUGUGCGUACGGUGUGAAACGCUUGUAUCGUUGGUACCCACGCUAUUUUCACCAUGAGUGGGAGCAGCAAACUAGCAGACGAUCAGCUGUUUCGAGCACGCGACAUGCAUGUGAGUUGACGUUCAAUUGUCAUCACGAUUGUCGUGUUUACUGCUGUUUGUUUUCGUAAUUUUUACGUCCAAAGAAUCCAAGACAGAGGUAUAUAACAAAACAAGUGUUGACUGUUGUGAGUGGGAAUUGACGUUUUGAACACCCUCAGGGCGUAAAGCACCCGAGGCUUCGCCUCGGGUGCUAUGCGCCCCUGAAGUGUUCAAAACGUAAUGUCCCACAACACAGCAGUCAACGAUUGUUAAAUGUAACAUUAUCAACAUCCAUUUUCAUCAAAGCCAAGGUAUAUGACAUGUUUUGUAACGAAACAAAUAGGUGAUAUGAUCAAGAAACGGGAAAUAAUAUAAUAAGAUGUGGUCGUUUUGCAAUGUCAAAAAAAGAACAUGGUUUUUUUUUUUUUUAUAGAUUUGGUCAGUGUUGACUUUUUCCCUUUUAUGCUGGAGCGUCAACUAAUGUCUAACAAUGACGUCAUGUGUUAUGAGAUUAUGUUAGGUUUCUUGUAGCAAACGGAAUGAUUAAGUAAACUACACAAUUUGCGGUUCGUGUCAACAUGCAGUAUUCCUAAAACCUUGAAGAGUUUCAGAAUGAGUCUUGUCUUUUUUAUUUUAAACAUUUUUUAAAUGCGUACAUCCCGGAGUAGUUCGAAUGUUUAAAGUCCCUUCAUAGGUUGUUGUACCCUAGUCCCUAGGUAAUUCUACAAAACAAAUAAUAGUCAUUCAGUAAUCCUACAAAACAAAUAUAGUCAUUUCAGUAAUCGGUAUUAUUUUAGUGUUAACAAUCGUCGUGUUUUGCAUGUCAUCUUAAAAGGCUUCCAUUAUUAUUUUAUGAAUCUUUUGAGUAUAUUUUUUACGCUUUUUCAGUGACCUCUUUUUACAUACAUUCCUUAGCCAUUAUUUUGUCUUGAUAAACAUAGAUCGCUAUUAAACAUGCUUCACCCAAGUAAGUAUAUCCCGGAGUAGUCAAGAAUAUAAAAGCAAGUGUAUUAAUAUUA